AUGAGGGGCCGACCAGAGGAAGUCUUUACUGCGCCCAACUCAACUUACGAACAUGUCCUCAUGGCUGAAAAUCAGAUAAUUCCGAAGCCCAGCAACUGGAAGCUCCCUCGACAAGUCGACAAAGAUAUGGGAGUGUUCUGCCGAUACCACCAGUACAAUGGCCAUGAUGCCGAAUCAUGCAUCGCCCUCCGAAAAAUUAUUGAAAAACUAAUCAGCGAAGGCAAGCUAGACCAGUAUCCGGCCCCUGAACAUCCGAGCAAUCGGCAGAUCAACAUGAUCUGUCAAAAAUUACGUACGUGCCGUUCAGCAUUCUCAAGUCCUCAGUAUCACUGA